UUAUUUUUUAUUCGAGAUGGUGAUUGAUAAUUUUCGUUGUUCGAAAUUUUCAUAAUUUUCAUUAAAAUUGUUCGAAAAUUGCUUCAUUCAACCUGUCUGAACUCAAAUUAGCAUUCACUAUUACCUUGUUCAACAUUUUGUGCAUUGUUUACUCUGCGGCUUUCGUGUUACGUCUAAUUCCAGUGUCUAAGUACCGUUACUAGUCAUCGUCAAUUUUCACACAGCAAAAUGCCUUUAGAAUGGUUAUUUGGCCGUCGUAUGACGCCGGAAGAGAUGCUGAAGAAAAAUCAGAGGGUCUUGAAUAAAGCUAUGAGAGAUUUGGAUCGAGAGAAAGCACACAUGGAGCAACAAGAAAAGAAAUUGAUAACUGAUAUCAAGAAAAUGGCCAAAGAAGGACAGAUGGAAUCGGUUAAAAUACUGGCCAAAGAUUUAGUUCGAACGAGAAGAUACCAGAAGAAAUUCAUGUUGAUGAAAGCCAACAUUCAGGGCGUUAGUUUAAAAAUUCAAACGUUGAGAUCUCAAAAUGCUAUGGCAGGAGCUAUGCGAGGUGUCACUAAAGCUAUGCAGAAUAUGAAUAGGCAAAUGAAUCUGCCACAAAUACAACGUAUUUUACAAGAAUUCGAGAAACAGUCGGACGUUAUGGAUAUGAAAGAAGAAAUUAUGAAUGAUGCUAUUGAUGACGCUAUGGAAGAUGAAGCCGACGAAGAAGAAAGCGACCAAAUUGUGUCACAAGUACUGGACGAAUUAGGUCUUCAAUUGAACGAUCAACUCGCCGAAUUAAAUCCUGCUUCAGCAUCGUUGGCCAGUACGAAUAAAUCGGCUGUACCUGCUGCUGCUAAUGCCAAUGGGGGAUUAUCCGAUGCCGACGCUGACCUGCAAGCUAGGCUGGAUAAUUUACGUCGGGAAUAAUUACGCUUAUGUCAUUUUAAUUUUCACAGUAUUUUAAGUUUCAUGUUACCCGUCGAAGCUUUGACUCAAAAAAAUAGAAAUCGAGAGUGAAACAUUUAAACAUUUAGAUUGAAAGUUCAUAAUGCUUGAUGUUGAGUUUAUAAAAAGCAGAAUUUGUAUCAAAACAAUAAUGUGUUUAUUUUUUUAAUUUUGUAAAAAUAGAACGAUGUAAUGUAGAACUAUUUUUAUAAGUCUUGUACAUUUUAUAUGCCUGUGUAUAUAUAUUACGGAGUGAGCUUCAAGAAUUACCCAAUUAUUCCUAUUUAAUUUUGAUCAUCAUGAUUGCAUUGUUAAGCACUACCUAAUAAACAUUUUAUUUUAAUA